AUGGCGGAAGAGGUCGCGCGGUCGCGGCAGUAUGCGUACCAGCAGAACUCCAACUUGGUCCUCCAGGCCGACAGCGAGUCGCGUCGACGGCCCGAUGAGCCCACGGGCGAGGUGGAGUCGCUGGCGGGCAAGAUCAGCUACCGCAUGGGCGACCGCGCGCAGAAGGCGACGCCGCAGAGCAGUCGCAAGCGCGACAAAGAAGGGGACGCGGACGCGCGGUCCGCAGCGAAGCACAAGCGGAAGAAGCGACGUGGCGACGCGGACGACAGCACGAGUCGAGGCGACGGCGUGUUGUUCACCGCGACGGGCGGCCUGGCAACUGUCAAAAGUAAUAUUCUAAAAGAGAGUUCGGUGUUUGAGUCGGCCGCUUACCGCCCGCGCAAUGCCGCGAGUCAGGACGCGUACGAGCAGAUUCUGAGCGUCGUGGCGCAGCAACUGGGCGCCCAGCCAGGCGAGAUCUUGGCCGGUGUCGCCGAAGAAGUGCUGGCGAUUUUAAAGACGGACGCGUACCGAGACGACGAGAAGCAUCGGGAGGUGCAAAAACUGCUCAAGAGCAUAUCGACGCACACGUUUAGUCAGGUGGUGGCCGCUGGGAAGAAGAUUACGGACUUUUAUGUGGACGGUAGCGACCAGAAGAAGAUGAAGAAGAAGGACGAGGGGCGGGAAGACGCGGCGGUGGUCGAGAGUGAGGAAGAAGUGGACAAGGAGAUGGGCGUGGCGGUGGUCUUUGAUGACGAAGACGAGGAGGAGGAGUCGGAUCUGGAUGAAGUGCGGGACGGCGACGAAGACGACGAGGACGACGAUGAGGAGGUGGAAGAGUAUGGGGCCAUGGUGGCUGGACGUGAAGCUAUGAAGAUGAAGGACGGAUACGACGAGGAAGAGGACGUUGAUGCGCAGCACCGUCUGGACGUGCAUGCAAUUGAUGCUUUUUGGCUUCAGCGGGAGCUGUCCAAGUUCUACAAGGACGCGGAGAUUAGUGCCAAGCUUGCGGAAGAUGUGCUGAGCAUUCUGAAAGAAGCAGGGUGUGACCUUAGUGCAUGCGAAAACAAACUGGUGUUGCUGCUCGAUUACGACAAGUUCGACUUUAUCAAACUGUUGCUAGAAAACAGAGCGAAAGUACUGUACUGCACGAGGCUGAAACAGGCUCAGAACGACGAAGAGCGACGUCGUAUCGAAGAAGAAAUGCGCGUCGACGAGACGCUGGAUAACGGCGAAGGGAAGGCUAUCUUAGAUCAGUUGCGCACGACGUCGUCGGCUGACUCGUGGAUGCAGGAUCGUAUUGGCGCAAGAGAGACCACGUCCCGCGCGGAGGCUAACAAGCUGCGGAAAUUACAACAUAAACCUGGUGGGCAGCGCGCGAAGGCUCGUGGCAAUGAGUCUGAUGACGAUGUCGAUAUGGACGAUGUGAGCAGGGAUGUCAUCGAAGAGGCAAAAGAAGACGCGCAGACGAGAAAACCACAGCGAUAUGUGGAUGUCGAGUCUCUUGCUUUUCAGGAAGGCGGGCAUCUGAUGAGCAACCGUGAAUGCCGCUUGCCUGAAGGCACAUGGCGUGCGCAGAAAAAGGGUUAUGAAGAGGUCCACGUGCCUGCCGUUCGCACGAAGAUGGCUGUUGGUGAAGAAAAAGCGCGCAUCAAGAUCUCAACGCUACCAAGGUGGGCACAGGGUGCUUUCAAUGGCAUGGAAUCGUUGAACCGUGUGCAGUCGAAGAUGUUUUCUGCAGCUUUUGAAACAAGUGAAAAUCUGUUACUGUGUGCUCCUACAGGCGCGGGUAAGACGAAUGUCGCGAUGCUGACAAUCUUGCAUGAGGUCAUGAAGGCUCGUGAUUCAGAAACUGGCAAAAUUGAUUUGGAUUCGUUCAAGAUUGUCUAUGUGGCCCCGAUGAAGGCGCUCGUGCAAGAAGUUGUGCUAAAUUUUUCCGCUAGAUUGUCUGAUGCCUACGGCAUUCAGGUUCGAGAGCUGUCCGGUGAUCAGAAUCUGUCUCGCGAGCAACUAUUUAGCACACAGAUCAUAGUCACGACUCCCGAAAAGUGGGAUAUUAUCACGCGCAAGUCCGGAGACGACCGCACGUACACUCAGCUUGUGCGUCUAGUGAUCAUUGACGAAAUUCAUUUGCUGCACGACACACGUGGUCCAGUGUUGGAGGCUCUAGUUGCCCGUACCAUUCGGAAUGUGGAAGCCACGCAGCAAAUGGUUCGACUUGUGGGCCUUUCUGCUACACUUCCGAACUACGAGGACGUAGCAGCGUUCCUGCGUGUCGAUCCCGCUCAAGGGUUAUUUUACUUUGAUUCCAGCUACCGUCCUGUGCCUCUUCAACAGCAGUACAUUGGUAUCAUGGAAAAGAAAGCAGUCAAACGUUUCGCGUUGAUGAAUGAGAUUUGUUAUGAAAAGGUGAUGGAACAGGCAGAGUUGGACAACCAGGUUCUCAUAUUUGUGCAUUCGCGUAAGGAGACUGCCUCGACAGCACAGGCGUUACGAGACUUGUUUUUGGAGAACGAUGCGCUCGCUAGACUGAUUAAGCCAAAUUCUGCCUCCAGUGAGGUGCUUCUGCAGGAAGCCGACAAAAUUGAGCACAAUGAUACCUUGAAGGACCUUCUCCCCUAUGGCUUUGGAAUCCAUCACGCUGGAAUGAAGCGCCAAGAGCGCACCCUGGUGGAAAAUGCGUUUGCCGAUGGUCACUUGAAGGUUCUCGUCAGUACUUCGACGUUGGCGUGGGGUGUUAAUUUGCCGGCGCACACGGUGAUAAUUAAGGGCACGCAGGUUUACAACGCAGAAAAGGGUGACUGGUGUGAACUCAGUUCGUUGGACAUAUUACAAAUGCUGGGUCGUGCCGGUCGUGUGCAGUUUGACACGCAAGGCGAGGGUAUUAUUAUUACGCAGCACUCGCAGCUGACCUAUUACUUGUCGUUAAUGAACCAGCAGCUGCCGGUGGAAUCGCAACUUAUGGGAAAGCUCGCUGAUAACCUGAACGCUGAAAUUGUGGCGGGUGGCGUGCAGAAUGUGUCUCAGGCAGCGACGUGGCUAGGCUAUACGUAUUUAUUUAUUCGCAUGCUGCGCAAUCCGACAUUGUACGGUGUAUCUGUCGCCGACCGCAACGAAGACCCUACGCUGCUGCAGUAUCGCGCAGAUUUGGUGCACUCGGCUGCAACAGUGCUGGCGAAACAUAACCUGAUUAAGUACGAGCGGCGCUCGGGAUCGUUUCAAGUAACAGCGCUUGGUCGCGUGGCAAGCCAUUAUUACAUUGUUCACGACUCGAUCAGCACGUACAAUGAGUACCUGAAACCCCACAUGUCAGAUAUCGAGAUUUUACGGCUGUUUUCUCUUUCGAAUGAGUUCAAGUAUGUUAUUGUCAGAUCAGAGGAGAAGUUGGAGCUGGCAAAGCUUUUGGAACGUGUGCCCGUUCCAGUGAAAGAAUCUUUGAUGUCCACAGCUCCUGGCAGUGUGGCAGUUGGGAGUGGCUCAGCAAAGGUGAACGUUUUAUUACAAGCUUACAUUUCGCGACUGAGGUUAGAUGGUUUUGCGCUUUUGGCAGACAUGGCGCACAUUCAUCGAUCGGCAGCACGCAUUUUCAGAGCACUAUUUGAGAUUUGCUUAAACCGAGGCUGGGCCUCGCUUGCUGAGCGAAUGCUCAGUUUUUGUAAGAUGGUAGACAAGCGCAUGUGGCUUUCACACUCACCUCUUCGUCAGUUCGCUCCUGGACUGUCCGAAAAUAUCCUUAAGCGCAUUGAGAAGAAAGACAUUUCGUGGGAAAAAUACAACGACUUGGAGCCCGCUGAUCUUGGCCAGCUCAUUAACAACCCACACUAUGGAAAACAGCUUUACAAGCUAAUUCAUCAGUUUCCAAAAUUAGAGCUUUCGGCUCAUGUGCAACCGAUUACGCGCUCAAUGCUGAAGGUAGAUCUGGUUGUGACGCCUGAUUUCGAGUUUUCCCGGGAAGUGCACGGUAAUGCUGAGGGGUUUUGGGUGUUUGUACAAGACGUAGACGGUGAGACGAUUCUUCAUCACGAAUGGCUGUUGAUAAAGCGCCGUUUUGCUUCAUUGGAAACGUACCUGAGUUUUACGAUGCCAUUGUUUGAGCCUCUGGCUCCUCUGUACUACAUCAAGGUAAUUUCUGACAAGUGGAUCCACUGCGAAAGCUCGCUGCCGGUGUCGUUCCACAAGCUUAUUCUCCCGCAAAAGAAUGUGCCUCCGACUGAACUGUUAGACCUCCAACCACUCUUUGUCAAUAACGUUCUCUUAAAGCUUGCAGGUGGCAAGAGGGAGGUUGCGGAGUCCAUUCUGAAGUCUCUUUCGUAUGCCAAUAAAGCUACAAACUCGUGGCGGUUCAAGCGCUUUAACCCUAUCCAAACACAGGUUUUGCCUCGCUUGCUCGAAUCUGAGAGCAAUCUUCUUAUUGGCUCUCCACCCGGAAGUGGCAAGAGUGUUUUAGCAGAGCUUGCUAUUGUUAAAACACUGCUUUCCCUGGGCCAACCUGACAUGAAGAGCAACGAGUACGGUGAACACUUGAUCGUAUAUUUGAGUCCAAAAGAAGCUAUUUGUCAUGAAAAAAAAGAUGACUGGUAUGCUAAAUUUGGCGAGGAAAGUUUUUGGCGACAAAAGGUCGUUGAGCUCACAGGUGACUCGACCGCCGAUUUGCGAUUACUUGCUAGUGCAAACAUUCUGAUUGCAACACCCGCUCAGUGGGACAUGCUCUCCCGGCGCUGGAAGCAGCGUAAGCGCAUCCAAAAUAUCAGCUUGUUCCUUUUGGAUGAAGCUCACUUUGUGGGUGGCGGCGAAUAUGGACCUACCAUUGAAAUCGUCAUGUCGCGCAUGAGGUUUAUUGCUGCCGACGUGGUCAAAAAGAAGAAAGCAGCCGGUGAGCGGGGUGAGCGAAUGCGCAUUUUGGCUCUGAGUAAUCCCAUCGCGAACGCCCGUGACGUUGGUGAGUGGCUCGGCGCCAGUGAAUCGGACGGUAUUUUCAAUUUCCACCCUAAUGUCCGCCCGCAGCCGAUGGAAAUUCGAGUACAAGGCUUUGAGGUCACCGACUUUUCGUCCCGCAUGCUAGCAAUGGCUAAGCCUUUGUACAACGCUGUCGCAAUUCAAGCGGAAAGGAAGCCUGUUGUAAUUUUUGUACCGUCAGCUAAGCAGGCCCAGCUAAGCGCGAUCGAUUUAAUCACCUUUUCUUUGGCUGAAAACGACCCGCAAAAGUUUGUGACUCACUCCGCGAAGGACAAGGUGAAGUUGCCGUUGGACGAAGCUGCAUUGCUACACACGAUGGAAAAUGGCGUGGGCUAUUGCACUGACACGAUGGCUUCGCAAAAUCGUGACUAUGUGCUGAACAGGUUCGCAGCCGGCAAAUUACAAGUGUUGGUUGUUCCGCAAUCAAUGGCAUGGGAACUACGAAGUGCUCAGAUCAAUGCGUAUAUGGUAGCUAUCAUGGGUACGCAAUAUUACGACGGCCGAGAGCACCGGUAUGUGGGUUACCAACUCGCUGACGUAUUCCGUAUGACCAAGUUUGCCAACCAUGCUGCUUCUUCUGCAGUGAAGUGUGUCCUUUUCUGUCACGCUUCAAAGAAGAAGUUUUAUGCAAAUUUCCUAUACGACCCUUUACCGGUGGAAUCGCAACUUGAGCACUUUCUGAGCGACCACAUUAAUGCUGAGAUUGUGACGAAGAGCAUUGAGAGCAAGCAGGAUGCAGUGGACUACCUCACGUGGACCUUCAUGUAUCGUCGGUUCAUGAAGAAUCCCAAUUACUACAACUUACAGGGCGCAACUAAUGUGCACUUAUCCGACCACUUGUCAGAGCUCGUGGAGACCACUGUCAAUGCAUUAGAAGAGUCUCGCUGUAUUCAUGUUGUCGAAGAAGAGGGAGAUGAAGAAAACGAAGGUGAGGAACGUCUUAUGCCUUUGAACCUUGGUAUGAUCGCAGCGUAUUACUACAUCAAGUACGUCACGAUUGAGCUGUUCGCGUGCAGCCUAAAGGCAGAUUCGAAAGUGCGUGCACUUUUGACCAUUUUGUCAUCUGCUACCGAGUUCAGCGACCUGCCUAGUCGAUUCGGUGAAGACAAGAAGCUGGAGGGUUUGGCCAAGCAUCUCAAGUUUCCUGUAGCAGCUGGGGGAGACUACGGUCAGGCCCAUGUGAAAACGAAUGUGCUGCUGCAGGUUCACUUUAGUAAGCAACACGACCGCCUGAGCCCAGCGCUACGCCAGGAUUUGGACUUCAUUCUGCGCCACGCCGUCCGUCUUUUGCAUGCUAUGGUGGACGUGAUCAGUUCCAACGGGUGGCUCAAACCCGCGCUUGCAGCCAUGGACCUUGCACAGAUGGUCGUGCAAGCACAAUGGAGCAGUGAUUCGCCGUUGCUUCAGAUUCCCUAUUUCAAUCGAGAAACGCUCGAGAAACUAGGCACUAUGGAUCUGAAAGAGGACAUCGAGACUCCUGUCGAUAUAUUGAGUAUGGAAGAUGAUGCUCGAAUGAAGCUCUUGCCUCUAGACACGCUGAAGAUGUCAGCUGUUGCAAAGUUCUGUAACGCUUUUCCGGAUGUGACUGUGCAAACGACGAUUCAGCUAGAUGGCAAAGAUCUGCCGCAGGGUUCUAUCGUGAGUGUCAAGGUGCAGCUCGAACGGGAAGGAGUUGACGAAGAGGACGAUGAAGAGGUGGAACGGGACGAGUCGAAGGAGCUAGGUCUUGUGAAUGCGUGUCAUUAUCCCGUGAAGAAAGCUGAAAACUGGUGGGUGGUUCUAGGUGAUUCCUCGAAGAACACGUUAUUGAGCAUCAAGCGCGUACCUUUCGCAAGUGCACGGGCAAACGUAGCUCUGCAAUUCACUGCGCCGGACGAAAUUGGUGCCCACACCUUCCAGCUCUACGUGAUCUGCGAUGGCUACGCUGGCUGUGACCUGGAGAACGAGAUCGAAAUCAUGGUUGUCCAGAGCGAGGACACAGACGAAGAAGAGGUAGAAGAGAACGACAAAGAUGAAUAG